AUGCAGACCGUAAGCAGCGAGGCCUCGGACGAGUACGGCUAUGGCCGCUACCCGGCGCCGGUGCCUCCCCCGGCCCACAGCUACUUUGGCGCACGCGGCCACGCGCCAGCAUAUCCCCAGAGUGUCGUUGGCGCAUACCCGCCGGGUCCGUACCACCCUGGCGGACAAGUCGUCCCAUAUAACAAUUAUAACAAUCCCUUCAGUCCCAUGAAUCACUCGAGCGGCGCAAGCUACUUUGGACAAGACCCCCGGGGCUCCUACGAUGUGAUGCCCUAUCAGGGCGGCUAUUACGGAGGUGCUGGGCCUGGUUAUGGCGGUCUGCCACCACACAUGCAGCAGUUCAUGUACAACUCCCCCCCUCCCCCUCCGCCCACGGAACCCCCAGUCCCCGCGGCACCCACGACCCCUGCACCGCCAGCAAAGAAGACGCCCGAUCCGGAGCUUGAGGCGAUGAAGGCCCAAUUGGAGCUCUUCAAGGCCGAGCGAGCCAAGAAGGAAGAGGCCGAAAAGCAGGCCAUGAUCGAGGAGAAGAUCCGAAAGGAUGCCGAAGACGCCUUCGAGAGGAGAAUGGAUGCCAUGCGCAGAGCGCAAGAAGAGGCCAAGAAGGAGAUUGAGAAGGCCAAGAUCGAGGCAGAGAAGGCCGCAAGAGAGAGGAUAGAGGCCGAGAAGAAGGCCGAGGAGGAGCGAGCGAAACUACAUGCAGAGGCCAUGGCACGGGCAGAACGUGACGCUCGGGAUAAGCUCGAGGCUGAACGGAGAGCGGACGAAGAGCGAAAGAAGAGAGAGGCGGAAGCAGCCGCGCUAGCGGAGGCAGCGGCCAAGGCCAGGAUCGAAGCUCAGAUCAAGGCGGAGGAAGACGCAAAGAAAGCUGCCGAGAAGAAGGCCGCUGAGGAUGCGGAGUGGAGGAAGAAGCUUGAGGAAGAAGCCAAGCUCAAGGCCGAGCUCGAGGCAAGACAAAAGAUCGAGGCCGAGCGGAAAGCCGCCGAGGAUGCUGCCGCCGCCGAAGAGGAGAGGAAGAAGGCCGAGGAGGCUCUAAGAAACAAGAUCAUGGAGGAGGCCAAGGCCAAGGCCGAAGAAGCUGCGAAGGGCGCGGAGAAGGCACCCAUCAAGUUCAAGGAUGCGGUAGGAAGGAAAUUCAGUUUUCCUUUUCACUUGUGUCAAACCUGGACGGGGAUGGAAGAGCUCAUCAAGCAAGCUUUCUUGCACGUCGAAGUCAUCGGUCCUCAUGUACAGGAGGGCCACUACGACCUGAUUGGCCCCAAUGGCGAGAUCAUUCUGCCCUCAGUCUGGGACAAGGUUGUCCAACCCGACUGGGCGAUCACGAUGCACAUGUGGCCGAUGGACAAGAAUCCCUUGCGACAUCACCCUAACAUGCAUCAGGGCCAGCCGAUGGACCCGCGCAUAAUGGAGCAUCUUCGGCGUCAGGGACACGAUCCUCGGAUGCAAGGCCGUGGCAUGCACGGGCAAAUGCCCGCUGGUAUGCGGCCAAUGGGUCGGCCUGCCCCUGGUGGCGGCGGUGGCCAGCAGCCGCCAAUGCCUCCAGGCUGGCUGGGACGGGGAAUGCCCCAGCAUGCUCGGCCCAUGCCUCAAGGCGUGAACGUUGUCGAUGCCAGACCUCCGAAGGAAGGCAAGAAAUCCGACAAGAAGGGAAGAGAUACCUCUUUUAUGAGCUUCCUUUCGGGGAAACCUGCCAAAUCAAGCAGCAAGAAGUGA